UAAAUCCGGGCCAUUAAAGCAAAUUCACAGUUUUAUCGAACCCUUUAGAACCUCCAUUCUCAAAGUUGUUCUCAACAACCAGCGACUAGCGAGACACAGAUCUCUCUCGAUCUCUUCACACAAAGAGGGAUAUAAGGUGGAUUAACAUCGGUAGAUUGUGCUGUUUGUACAAGAAGAUGCUUCCACUUUCUCUGCUCAAGACUGCACAGGGGCAUCCAAUGUUGGUGGAACUAAAAAAUGGGGAGACUUAUAACGGGCAUUUGGUGAAUUGCGACACCUGGAUGAAUAUCCAUCUUCGUGAAGUCAUCUGCACGUCAAAAGAUGGAGAUAGGUUUUGGAGAAUGCCUGAAUGCUACAUUCGUGGGAAUACAAUUAAAUAUCUUCGUGUUCCGGAUGAGGUGAUUGAUAAAGUUCAAGAAGAAACCAAGAGCCGUCAAGACAGAAAACCGCCUGGGGUAGGGCGUGGAAGAGGAAGAGGUAGGGAUGAUGGUCCUGGUGGGAGGCCAGCAAAAGGUAUUGGGCGUGGCAUGGAUGAUGGAGGUGGCAGAGGCAUGGGUGGAGGCCGGGGCAGGGGAGCGUCUGGUAGCAAGCCUGGUGGCAGCAGAGGUGGAGGUCGUGGUCGUGGCUGAUACAAGUAAAGCUGCCAAAGCAAGUAAAUGGAAAGAAAUUUGAUGCUUUAAUGGGCAGCAUAAGCGCAAAAUGUGUGCGAAAAUACGUGGUUGGAAAAAGAUCUUAUUUGCUCCAAUGGUUGAGGAGGAUGUGAAGGGAAAUGGUGACUUUUAAGUAAACAGAUAUUGCAUUCCAUUUCCUUUUUGUAUGUUGUUUUUUAUUAGGUGCGUCUCUUGCUUAGAUUAAAAUGCAAUGUGGUUGAUUUUUUCUUGGAUAGUUGUAGUAUGUAGACAUCCCAACCCUUAUCAGUACUGUGAUAUGUUUUGUGCAAUGAAAAAAUAUAUAUAUAUUUCUCAAA